CUUACCAGCCAGCGCUGACGUUUUCAUGUUCAGGUUUUGUGGUGAAAAUGGUGAAAUUCUGGUGGAUGUUCGUAUUAUUCGCUAAAACAGCUUGUGCUAGCGACAACGCUUUACCAGGAACUGAGGAAGGAAAAGAGUCCCGUUUGCUGCCACUGUUCGAGGGUAAAAGGUACGACCGCCCUAGCGGGCCAGGGGUUGGGCCCGUGGGGCUCCCGCCUCUGACCAGUGUACCCAUUGCUGGUGAGAGGUGCUCCGCCCGCCUGGAAUCCGCCUUAGACCAGUUGAAGAGACGGAAACGGAACCAGCCGAAGAACCUUGACCCACCUUUGAGUCAGAGCAUAGAUCUCAAUGGCUACAGUUUAUACCAACAAAUGAGAUCAGCCCCAGUGGACAUGUAUGUAACCAGAAUGCGCGUACGACUGCCACAAAACAGCAACUGGGUGCGAGUUGAGAAGUGCUAUUUCGACCCGAGAAACAUCUCUUUGGAUACAAUGUUGCUAUUCCACGACUUGACAAUCAGUGGAAAUGUAGAUCUUUACGACGCUAAUGAACUAGACAGAGGUAUACCACCAAGCAGAAGGUUGCGACGGAACUAUGCAGACACGCGCCCUUACGACGCACCACCAUACCCCGAUGACUCAUACACUCGAGGCAGAGGUGGCUGUAACAUGAUCCUAAGACUCCGCAAAGCUGGCAUCGGCUUCCACACGAGACCCCUCAACCAACAACCAGGAAAGUUCAACGUGAAAACCGACUCAGAGUUCGUCGAGCCUGGAUUCAUCAGCGUCUACGCGUACGGAUGCGAGAAAUAUAUAAACAGGAAUUCUAUUAGGAAUAAGGAUAAUUUGCCCUUACGACGCCGAAGAAGAUCUGACGAAUUUUCCUUUGAGCCUCAUCUUGAUAUUCCUUAUAAGAAUUUCGACAGUCGAUCAGCUGAUAAUAAUUGGGAUAUUGUGUAUGAACCGCGGAGUAGAGUCAACUACGAGAGGAGCAAGUUGUUCCGGCCUGAGGAUGAUUUGGACGAAGUCGAAGAUAUAUCGCGCGAGAUGGAAGACAUAUUCACGAAGGGCAUUCGUACACUACUCACUACUUAUAUGAAGAAAGAGCUCCAACCAGCUAUAAAAGACACACUUAUGAGAAAUAUGGGUUAUGUGAUAUCAUAUGGAUAGAGUUAGUCAUAAAAAUAGUACUUACCUAUAAUAUGUAUAGUAAUCUAGUUAAAUAUAUUGUAUGUAUAUUUAUUUAUGGUUUAGGUUGGGGUGUAUGCAAUUGGUAAAGUCAAAAUUAUACAAACAUGAUUUUUAUAAUUUUCUAUUAAUAAAUGUAUGUUGGUAAGGA